CCCACCAUGACGACCUUCGUCGUGUCGCUAUUCCUGCCUUACACCAUAGAUUUCCAGGAUCCCGACGCGGAACAGACUCCCGCCCCAUCUGCUGCUGCAGAUGCUCAGCCAGCGCCCUCUGCGCCAACGUCUGUGGCAUCCGCCAUUCCCCCUCUCCUCGCAGAGGCGGGCAAAAAUGUCUCGUCAGCCAAUGCUCCCACGACAAAAGCAACCGCGGACAGUCUCCUGAGGGAUCAGCGACCAACUCACAUCAACCUGCCCGCGGUCCCAGAGCAGGCUGCCACGGACAGCUACUUUCCAAUAACCCCAGCUCCAACCAACCCGGCCUCACAUUUCAUUCGUCCUACGGAUCCCCGAAGCCUCGUACGCAGCGAUGCUCAUGUCGCUGAGUUUGGAGGCAGCAGUGCUCUUUUCAACCAGCCACGCUCAAGGGCCGACCCUGUUCCCCCCAACAACAUCUUCGAAUCUGCCAAAGCCCAAGAAAAGGCCAAGGUUGAGCGAGAGCGGGCAAGCCAUGCUGCUCCCCCCAAGUCCAAGUAUCGAGGAAAGGCCGGUGGCUUGCGUGACCCUAGAUGGGAGCAGCCUUGGACUGUCGUCCCAGCUGUUCAAGGCAACGGUGGCUUGUCCAACGCCAUCAACGCCUCAGUUGAGCACGGCACAAUGAAGGAUGUCAUGACCGUCGGCACCGUCGGAUUCUCCACAGACGCCCUUGUCGAACACAAGAAAGUCGAAAUCCACGACAAGCUCCUCGAGGAUCACAAGGCGUUGGCUGUCUUCAUCAGUGACAAAGACUCGGAUGGUCACUAUGGUCACUACUGCAAGACUAUCCUAUGGCCCGUCUUUCACUACGUCAUUCCCGAUCAUCCCAAGAGCAAGGCCUUCCUGGACCAUUCCUGGGUGUAUUAUGAGAGUGUCAACCGUGCAUUCGCAGACAAGGUCAUCAAGGCUUACAAGCGAGGCGAUGUCAUAUGGAUCCACGACUACCACCUAUGCCUGGUCCCAGACAUGAUUCGUAAGGCGCUCCCCGAUGCAAAGAUUGGCUUCUUCCUUCACACCGCAUUCCCAUCCUCCGAAGUCUUCCGCUGCUUGGCUGCUCGCAAAGAGCUACUUACCGGUAUGCUUGGUGCCAACCUUGUUGCGUUCCAGACUCGCGAGUACGCCCACCACUUCCUACAGACUUGCAGCCGCAUCCUUGGAGUCGAGGCAGUCGAGGACGGCGUUCAACUCGAGAAUCGAUUCGUCAACGUAUCCGAUUCGCCCAUCGGCAUUGCGCCUCGUUUGCUCCACAACGCUCGACAAGACGCCGAAGUCAAAGAGUGGAUCGACAUCCUGACGAAGCGUUACAAGGGCAAGCAUCUAAUCGUCGCCCGCGACAAGCUUGACAGCAUCCGCGGUGUCCGUCAAAAGCUCCUUGCGUUUGAACUCUUCUUGAAGAAGAACCCAGAAUGGAUAGAAAAGGUCGUUCUCAUUCAAGUAGCUACCUCGGCGCACGAUGAUCUUGAGCUGGCUACUACGGUUUCGGAUAUCGUUGAACGCAUUGAUGCGGCGUACUCGACCAUAACCCACAAUCCUCUUGUCUUUCUUCGCCAAGACAUUCCGUUUUCCCAGUACCUUGCGCUCCUGACAGUGGCCGACGCUUUGGCCAUCACCAGUCUUCGAGAGGGGAUGAACCUAACCUGCCACGAAUUCGUUGCCUGUCAAGACGGAGCCAUGGGGCCCAAGAAACAUGGGCCUGUGAUUCUCAGUGAGUUCACCGGAAGCGCAGCUAUAUUCAAAAAUGCCGAGAUCUCUGUCAACCCUUGGAAUUACCAAGGCAUCGCAGACGGUUUCAAACAAGCGCUGGAGAUGACCGGAGAAGAGAAGAAACGUCGGUGGGACUCGAUGAAUGAAUACAUUCUUUACCAGACUGGCGACUAUUGGAUGACGAACUUGGUCGACCACCUUACCCGGGUGUUUGAUGAGCAGUUUUCACGUGACGCCAUGACGAUUCCACGUCUGUCGACUUCAGAUACUAUUGCCCGAUAUGAGUCAACUUGGAGCCGUCUCUUCCUCCUCGACUACGAGGGCACGCUGGCUUCAUACGGCGCAGUUCAACGAACAGUCUUGACAGGAAAUGACCGGAUUCUCAACGUCCUGAACGAACUCUUGUUGGACGACAAAAACGUCAUCUACAUCAUGAGCGGCCGUACUGUCGAGGAGCUCGAGCUUCUUUUCGAUCGUGUUCCAGGUGUUGGCCUGAUUGCCGAGAAUGGAUGUUUCAUCCGGGAGCCUAAAGCCACCGAAUGGAAGCGAUUCCCGGACGAGCAGAAGACUGCGAGAUGGAUGAGUGCAAUCAAGCAGAUCCUUCAGUACUACAUUGAACGCAUCGAGGGCAGCUACAUCGAAGAGCACGGUUGUUCUAUGAUUUACCAUCUCCCAAAAUCAAAGGAUAACGCAUCGCAACAGGCUGGCGAGUGUGCCAAUCACAUCAACGACGGCACAGAAUCUCAAAAUGUCAAGGCGAUCCCUACCAAGAACUCGGUAAUCAUCGAGCCUUCCGACUUUGACAAGGCCACAGCUGCAGAGUUCAUCUGGAGCAAAUACCACGAGGUCGACCGACCGGAAUUCGUCUUUGUCGCGGGCAAUGACCGUGACGAUGAGACCGUCUUGAAGUGGGCCAAGAAUAUCAAGGACAAUUGGUGGGCUCGCGAAGUCAUCACUGUGACUGUGGGUGACCGCAACUCGUCUGCCUUGGCCACCGUCACCAACGGCUCCACUGGUCUCUUGACUGCCCUCCAAAGAAUUGCUCGGGUCAGGACCCCCUAG